AUGGUGACAACAUCAACUGGAGAUCAAAUAUCUGUGCCAAUACGAAAUACGUGGUCCCGUACGUUUAUGUGUUUAACAAAACGAAAUGCAGUCACUCCACCUUCAACAAUGGACAAAAUGAACAUGGCUCUUGCAGGUUUGGAGGAACAAACCAUUACUUUUACAAAAAGUGGGAACAGUGAUCAUGUUCACCAGAAAAUCUUACAGGCUUUCCCAAUGUUGGCUGAAGUGGGUGGUUAUGAAAUAUUAAGGACAGGGGAGAGAAGUUCACGCCAAUUAAUGGUCAUUUCUAUCCCCCCUGUUGGGUACACUGUCCUGUAUUUGAAGUCGACAAUCGCAUCAGCGAAAGGCUAUAUAAGACCAUUGCAAAGGGACAUUGUUUUAAAGCCAGUAGCAUUAACAGAUCCAGCUCAGAGCCAGGUGGGUGAUAAACUGUCAUAAAUAACUACAGUGCAUAUAAAUAAGCUUCGUUGUAGUUUUCAGCUAUUGAUACAAAAUAUGCAGACGAUUGAACCUGUUUUCAACAAAGCUGUUCUGUUUGUUUCAGAUUUCCAUGAGCCCGAAAGUAGCAUGUGUCAAUUGUCACCAGGACAUAGCGAUGGACACAAUGCGUGCACACCUGGAAAUAUGUGGAGGAGGGAGUUCAAGAGAUUAUGAUGAAAUAACUGUUACUAGUAUUGGGUACUGUAUUCCCUUUAGUUAACCACCUCUCAAAUAAGCCCCUGUGUAAUAAGGUCCGUGUUUAUCAUAAGGAAUGAAUUAGUUACCCCCCACCCCCCACUUUAGCACAAAACAUCUUUGUUUUGAUCAGAUUUAAUGUCAACUUCAAAGGAGGUCGCAAUUCACCUGGUUGGCCUACACAUUAGUGACCUGAAAAGAUAGUUUUUUCUAAGCUGGGAUAUUAACAGUUUAAAUCUAUAUCUUUUUUGUUAAAUAGUAGAAUUUGUAUUUUUGUCAUUUUAUGAAUUGAUAAAUAAGCACCCCUUCUCUUAUAAGCCCCCCUCUAAUAACUCCCCCCUGAAUAGUGCCUUAAAAUAGGACCUGUGGGGUUAUUAGAGAAAAUACAGUAUAAGGGAUUUACUGUGAUACGUAUAUAUUGUUUUCCUUCCGUACUGUUGUUGCACAGUAUGUACUGAAAUAAAUUACUGUAUAUGGGAACCAUGAUGAGUACCCAGUAUUGGGUACUUAACCGGGUAUCCGGAUCCAUUUUUCCUUAUCCGGUGUACUGCUAUCUGAUACCAUCCAGGUUUCUGGGAAAACAGUAUCAAACACAUUCCUAUGAAUUUCACAUGUUUUUUCAAAAGUUUGUACCGCAAUGCAGUUAAUUGACUAUGUAAAUUUCACUUAGUUGGACAUUGUUAUAUUUUAGUGACUGUGAAGACCUGGAAAGUGAUGAGAUAAAUUUGGAAACAGGAGGUAUGCUGGCAUAUGCAGUGUAUAAAUAAUUUCAAAAAUAUACGUGUAGUGGUAGGUUUGGCCAAUGUACCAUUUAGAUAGCUAGAAGUAUACAGUAUACAUAAAUUAAAUUUACAUCUGGUUAAGGCCUUGUUACACGAGACAAUUUUCGCUUCAACAUGAUGAUGGAAUUUGCUCCCUUGUCAACAUUUAUCUCCAUAUUUCUUUACAUAACAUUUUCGCUUCUUAAACGCAUGUUGUGUAAAGAAUGUUUCAAGAAAGUAGAAGCGCUGGCUGGCAAACGAGGUGUAGGGGUAAAUGCUGUUAAUGGGGGGGGGGGAAAGGGCAAAGCCCCCAGGAGAUUUUUAGAUUUUUUGUCUUAUUUAGUUCAAAAUUCUUGUUUUUUGGUCGUAUUUAGUUCAAAAUCUUUGUCUUACUUAGUUCACACUACUGUCAUUUAAUUUUUUUUCGGGGGGAGGGGGUGCUGCAAAUUUCUCUAGGUGGGGUGGGAAAACUUUUUGGGGUGCCAAAUAUUUUUGGGGGGUGCGCACCCCCAUAAAAUCCGUCCAUUAGUAGAAAUCAGACUGUGCUGACUACUUCACUGUGACUGCUAUUAUAACAUCUGUCUAUGCUAGAAAUGCCUUGGCAACUUCUGACUCGUACCCAGUCCCUCAAAUAAGGAUUGAAAAAAUAAUGGUGCAUCACACAACUCAGUUCACUGAUCUAUAUAAAUCAUAAUUGACGACUGAGUACGAGUCAGUUGCAACUUGUGGUAAAAAUUGCCUUGUGCGUGUAACAUUGCCUUUACUUAAUCCAUUAUUUCAUGUAACUUUGUUUGCUUUGUAACUUUUACUAUUGACUCAUUUUAAUAAUUACUGUUACUGAUACCAGUGUCCCAGGAAAUUUGCCCCCCCCCCGGGCCAAAUAUCCUCGGGGGCCAUAUUGCACCCUCGGGGGCCCCACUCCCUAGGAUAUUUGGCUGGGGGAUUUCGGGUGGGGGGGGGGCAAAUUUCCUGUGACACCGGAAGAACUUGCCAUAAAGGCACGAAGUCUCUACAUCGAGUCUGUAAAUUAUUUUACAUUUUUUAAGCUUUGAGUCAACUGCAGACUAUUUUCUCCAACUUACCACCUGAAGAGGUUAGACAGGCAAUGGAAAAUGCGGAUGGAUGCAUUGAAGCAGCAACGGCUACGUUGCUAGGUGAGAGUGGUAAGUAUACCAUAAAGGCAAAAAAGAUUUUUUAAUUUUUACUUACUGUCAAACACACACACAUCCAAGAAGAAUCAUCAGAGCCGCCUGAUGAUUUCUCCUGGAUGAAACAGCUAGGCUGUUGUGGCAACCUUGUGUCCCGUAACCUUAAGAGAGGAUUGAUGAAAUUUCUUCUUAAUUCUUUUUAAAAUCUAUUAAAAACAUUGUCUUAAUACGUAAAUAUUUACAAUUUUUCCCGUUGCAAAAGAGUUGAUUGAAGGGUUGUGCACAAGUGUAGCAAAUGUUACUACAGUAUCUCAUUAUGUGUAUCAUAUUUGACCUUCUGUAGCUCCAAGUGAAAAGGGAAUGCUUUUUAAUCUGCUUGUAUUUAUUUAGAUGAUGAUCUUAUAAUGUCCAUUUCUGGUAUUGCUUCUGCGACAACGACUAGCAAAGAUAGCGCAGAAAGUCAAGGUUGCACCUUACAUGAACUGAGAAAAAAUGUCAUUGAUGAAUCGGUAGUGCAGCGAUUCGUUGUUUCAUGAGAAGAGGGCACGGAGGAAUUAAAGAGGGACAUACUGGGCUAUUAUAAAGAUAAGACGUGUAAACUAACAGCGAAACCACGUGUAAGAUUUGAGGGCGAAGAGGGUGUUGGGAGUGGUCCGAUUCGAGAGUUCUUCCUAUGUGCCAUGAAGCUUGUGCACGAAGGAAUUGGUGGAACAGGAAAGCCAAUACUCUUUUUCGAAGGGGAAGAAGAUCACAAACUUCCGACCCAUGAUCAAUCGGCGAGGUCAACUGGUGCAUUCAAAGCCAUUGGAAGAAUUAUUGGGCAUUCUGUAUUACACUGGGGCCCCUUGCUUUAUGGCCUUUCGCCAGUGGUGAAGAGAUACUGGACUGCAUCAGCAUCAGAUGGUUGCGACGGUUCUGGCGCGGAAACUAUUCUUUCAAGUAUAACUUUAGAAGACAUACCUGACAUAGACCUCCGGGGAUAUAUAUCACAAGUAAGUAUCAUCGCUUUGUUCUAUUAGCAUUAUCUUUCUCGCCUAUGUGGCAUAUACAUGAUACGUUUUCCUCUAUAUCUUUAUUUUUAGUGAAAUUUGUAUCAGUUAUGGAGCUUUUACGAAGAGUAAAACAAACUUACUGCACUAAUUACCAUUUGCAAUACAUCUAGUAAAUGCCACUGUUAUUUGUAGCUUGAAGAUGUUGCCCCAGAUGUUAGAAUCCCCGAACAACUAAAGGAAGAUCUCACACCAUAUGUAUUUGAGUCGGGUCUGGAUAUUGAUCUUCUACAUUCUGAUCGAAAGCUAAUUGCCCAAGGACUGAUGAUGUAUCAGGUUAUUGAUAAGCGAAAGCAAGAACUAGACGACAUAUUGAAGGGUAAGCACAAUGUAGUCACGAAAUUACAAGCGAAGGCUCGAGAUAAAACAUUGCUCUUCCACAAUGUACUUUAGUACAUUGUGGAAGACCAGUGUUUUAUUUCGAGCCUUCGCUCGCGAAAGUGGUACAACAAGAGUAUUACUUGGAGAACCCACCCAGAAUUCAUGUCUCCGUUUUUUCGCUGUUAACCCAUUAAGCAGCAAUGCGCCCAAAUGCGCCAUACUUUAUUCUUUUACUCUGUCUAACGCCAGACGAUUUUGCUCGUCAGGGGGAAAUUUCCCACUCUAAUGGGUUAAACAAUUUUUCAAACUUAUCUGACCUUAAAACCCCAAUUAAUAAAAAGCAAAACAUGAAUGUAUAACCCAAGUGGUCUAUAAUACAGUAUAAGUCAAUUUUCAUAUGUUACAGGACCCUAUGUCUACAUGUUGGUUUAUUCCAGACUUCCAGAGUGAAAACCGCUCUGGAAAGGCCUGUUUAUAUGUUCUGGUGACAUUAACUUACUGUGGCGAACAGUUUGUGUCGUUACAUGUUUAGGUAUGAACGAAGUCCAAUUGCAUUCUUUUCUGGCAUGCUGUACGGUUGAUGUACUAGAAAGUAUUUUUCCAACAUGGGAAAAACAAUUCAACACAUUUGAUGAAGUGAAGUCUGUGUCGGUUUUCGAAGAGACUGAAGGUCACGAAAAUACAAUUUCCUUCUGGUUUCAAUAUCUGUCAGAUCUGGCGAAAUAUGAAUCAGGUAUCGUCAUGGUUACACAUUAUUACAGGUUUAUAAGGCCUGUUUCGUAAAAUUUUGCAUGUACGUAUGUUUAAAACAAUGAAUUAAUUUUAAAAACUGAUGAAUAUUCUUACAUAUAUCUAGGAAAACCUACCUUGACUGAUAUGUGUUGUUUUUGGACGGCCACAAAUAUCUUGCCACCAAGAAGUUGUUCGCUACAAGUGAAGUUCGACUAUGGCACCGGUAAAUUACCGUACGCGGAAACUUGUUUUUACUCACUCACCCUCCCUACGAUGCAUAAAACGUAUGAAAUGUUCAAGAAAUAUAUGGACAUAGUGAUGCUGCAUGGUUCACUUGGAAUAGACCAUUCAUGA